AUGGCUGCCACCACCUCCGUCGCUGCCAUGAACUUGGCUGCUCCCGUGGAGCUCGGCAACCCGGCCCAGAAGGCUUCUCGCGUGUUCAACAACACCGUGUCCUUCGCCCGCGUUGAGAAGGCUUCGCUCGCCGCCGUUACCGGCGUGAAGAUCGAGGGCCCCCCUCCUCCGGCUGGUGGCCUUCCCGGCACUGAGAACUCUGACCAGGCCCGUGACUUCGAGGCCCCCCUGCGCGAGCGGUUCUUCAUCCAGAUCAAGACCCCCGAGGAGGCUCUUGCCCGCGCUAAGGAUGUCGUCGGUGUGUUCGAUGAGGUUCAGGGCUACAUCACCAAGAAGGCCUGGCCCUAUGUCCGCAACGAGCUGCGCUCCGAGCUCGGCUACUUGAGAUACGAUCUUGCCACCGUCAUCGCCUCCAAGGCCAAGGCCGAGAAGAAGGCCCUGAACGCUGAGCUCAAGGAGCUGAUCACCACCCUGGAGUCGUUGGACUAUGCCGCCCGCGUGAAGGACCAGGAGGCUGCCCAGAAGUUCUUCGAUGCCACCAAGUCGAAGGUGUCUGCCCUUCUUGCCAAGCUGUAA